GCUGCACCGCACAGAAGUGAGUUCAACCCUCCGCUGCAGGAGCGCGCAAAGUCCGAGCUGCUCUCCGCCUCGCGUCCUCCGUCAUGCGCCUCGGCUGCUGAAGGCGACCCGGUCCCGGUCCCGGUCCCGGUCCCCGCUGCUGCCGCUGGGUGAAGACGAUCCACCUGCAGUCUUGUGAUUCACAGAGUGAUUUGCUCCCGACCUGCAGAGCAGCGAGCAGGCGGAGGAGGAAGAAGAAGAGGAGGAGGAAGACGACGACGUGCUGCUGCGGCACCGCGCUGGUUCCAGACCGGAGCGCAGCGCGCAGGAGUCGGACCCGGUGCGCCCCGCGCCCCCGCUCCCUCUCCGGCUCCUCGUGAAGACUCUCCCCGGUGGUCGUGCUCAUGGAGAAGCUCUCCACAGAGAGAUAGACCCCCACUUACACCAUCGGAGCCCCCCCCCCCCCCGACUGGGAUUUGGAUUUAAAGCCUUUCUUCUUUCUUUGGAGCUGCGACCAUGACUGGAUGUUGGAUGUGUGUUGUGGCUCUGGCCGGGAUCCUCUCCGCCCCCCGGGGGACACAUGGAGCUUGUAUCUACGAGGGAUCGUUGUAUGCGAACAACACGUCAUGGAGGCCGCAGUCCUGUCAGGAGUGUACCUGCUACAGCGACGUGGCCAUCUGCCGGCCGACCCACUGCCCCAACCCCCAGUGUGACUUCCAGAGGGGCGAGAUCUUGAGGAUCCCCGCCAACAAGUGCUGUCCGGAGUGCGUCUCCUCGUCGCAGGGCUCCUGCCAGCACGAAGGAGUCGUCCAUGGACACGACAGCCAGUGGAGUCCCUCGCAGUGUUCGCUGUGCACCUGCUCCAGAGGGGGCGUGUCCUGCGGCGCUCGCCCCUGCCCGCCCCUCGACUGUCCCGGGGGCCAGAGUCCCUUCACGCCGGCCGGGGAGUGCUGUCCCAAGUGUGGCCGCAGCGGAGAGUCCUGCUCCUGGCAGGGCCUCGUGCGACGGGACGGCGAGGAGUGGAAGCCCAGCCUCUGCUCCAGAUGCGUCUGCAGCAGCGGCGACGUCCAGUGUUCCGUGGCCGAGUGUCGGCCAGUGGCCUGCAAACCGCAUGAGAACCUGGUGAUUCAACCGGGACAGUGUUGUCCUCAGUGUGUGUCCAACCCCUGUCUGUCCGCUGGGAAACAGUACCAGCACGGCGAGCAGUGGCAGAAGAACGCCUGCACCACGUGUGUGUGCGACCGGGGUCAGUCCAAAUGCCACACACACACCUGUCAGCCGAUCAACUGUGACAAGGGUCAGACCAAAGUGAAGCGCGCCGGCCAGUGCUGCGACGAGUGCGCCGCCGCCAAGGGGAGCUGCCUGUACGAGGGCGCCGCGCGUUACCACGGAGACAUGUGGAACGCCACCGGCUGCGAGUUCUGCAGCUGCAGCCGGGGUCAGGUCGUCUGCCGGCGGGCCGAGUGCGGCCGCGUCGACUGCCCACAGGGAUCUGAGCUGGUUCACCUGCCGGGGAAGUGCUGCCCGGAGUGUUCCUCCACCAAACCGUCCUGUGCGUACGAGGGGAAAUCCUACAAGGACACGGCUCAGUGGACCGAUGGCAGUUGCCGCGAGUGCGAGUGCCGCGAUGCCCGGGCGACUUGUUAUCUGCGGUCGUGCCCCACCUGUCCCCCGGGCUCCCUGACGGUCGCCCAGGAGGGCCGCUGCUGCCCCGAGUGCCGCCAAGUCCGGUGUGACGCAGACUGCCUGUCGUGUUCGGGAUCGGCCGACCACUGCGAGAGCUGCCGGGACCCGAAGGCCGUCCUCCACCUGGGACGCUGUCUGUCCCUGUGUCCGGCCGGCUUCUACGCCGAGGGACGAGCAUGCCGAGCCUGCCGCUCCACCUGCUCCACCUGCUCCAGCGGGUGGGGCUGCCUCUCCUGCGGCCCCCCGCUGCCCCUGCUGAGCGCCGGGCGCGACCGAUGCCUGGCGUCCUGUCCCGCCGGCUCCUACCGGCACGACGAGUCGCACUGUCGCCGCUGUCAGGAGUCGUGCUCGGAGUGUCGUGGGCCGGGCCAACAGGAGUGUGUGUCGUGUUCUGACCCGGCUGCCUUGCUCAAAGACGGGGAAUGCGUCCCCGACUGCGGCGGCGGUUUCUACAGCCAGGAGGGAAUCUGCUAUGCCUGCGACGCGUCCUGCGCCUCCUGUUUCCCCGACAACGCCGGGUGCAUGAGCUGCCCGCCGGGGACCGCCUUGCAUCGUGGGAAAUGCCUCGCCCAGUGUCCGGCUCGCCAUUACCCGGACGACCACAGCAGAUGCAGAGGCUGCCACGGCUCCUGCGCCUCGUGUCUGGGUCCCUCCGUGUCCCAGUGUUCCCAGUGUCCCGACGGGCUCCUGCUCCACCAGGGCCAGUGUGUGGAGGCCUGCGGAGAGGGACUGUACGCACAGGACGACACCUGCCAAAACUGUCACCCGUCCUGCCGUUCCUGCGUGGGCCCCUUGGCCUCCGACUGCCUCCGCUGCCUCAAACCAGAGGAGGCGCUCCUGCCGCAGUCCGCCCCGCUCCGGCGCGGCGUCUGCGCGGCGGGAUGUCCCGCACGCAGCUUCCUGGACGACGCGCAGACGUGCAGAGCGUGUCAUCCCUCCUGCUCGCGCUGCACCGGCCCGUCUGCGGACAACUGCACGUCCUGUCCGUCCCCGUCCGGCCUGCACGAGGGGCGAUGCGACGCCUCCUGUGCCCGGGGCUUCUUCCUCCGGGACGGUCAGUGCCAAGCGUGCCACCCGUCCUGCCAGUCUUGCUCCGGCCCGUCUCAGGCCGACUGCACCUCCUGCCCCCCGCCGGCCUCCCUGCAGAGCGGCUACUGUCGGACGAGCUGCCAAGACGGACGUUACCUCAACGCCGCCACCGGAGACUGCCUCAAGUGCAGUUCAGACUGCCAGCGCUGCACGGCCGACCUCCUGACGGGCGUCGGCAGCGUCUGUCUGUGGUGCAAAGAGCCGAGGACGUGGCUGCUGGGCGACCACUGCACCUCCCGCUGCCCCGGGGGCCACUACGCCUGGCACGGGGCCUGCAUGAGGUGCCAUCCGUCAUGUGAGGCCUGCGGCGGGGCGGGGCCUCUCUCCUGCACUUCCUGCCACGCCCACAGCUUUCUGUUACCGUCGGGCGUCUGCGCCCCCAAGUGUCCCCUCGGUCACUACGACAACGGUCACAGGGUCUGUCAGGCUUGCGACAGCCAGUGCCUGACGUGCGACACGGCCGGAGUUUGUACGUCGUGCCGCGACCCGGCCAAGGUGCUGCUGUUCGGAGAAUGCCAGUACGACAGCUGCGCCCACCAGUACUACCUCAACACCAGCACCCGCGCCUGCAGAGAGUGUGACUGGAGCUGUAACGCCUGUAAGGGCCCCCUGCGGACCGACUGCCUGCAGUGCAUGGACGGGUACGUGCUGCAGGACGGCGUCUGUGCCCAGGGCUGCUCGCCGGGCUCCUACCGGGACGGAGACAGAUGCCUCGGCUGUGACGAGCACUGUGUGGAGUGUCGGGGUGCGGGACAGUGUCAGCGGUGUCGGCCCCCGUACGCCGCCCUGCGGGGUCAGUGUGCGCUGGAAUGCGGCCGAAACUACUUCCUGGACGACUCCUCGCACGUGUGCAAACCGUGCUCGUCCGACUGCGCGCUGUGCGACGGCGUCGGCCGCUGCCGAGCGUGUCGCGACCGGACCUACCUCAUCGAGGGGUACUGCGCCCCCGACUGUGGCCACGGUUACUACGGCGACCAGAAGACCAGGACCUGCCACGCCAACAGCCACCCGCCCGCCCUGCAGGUCAACGGUUCCCUCCUCGUGCCGCUCGGCGGAUUCGCCCCGCUGUCCCCGUCCCUGCUGCGGGUGACGGACGCCGACAGCCCCGCCGAGCGGCUCGUCUUCCAGCUGGUCCGGAGCCCGAGCAACGGGCGGCUGGUGCUGUUCGGAGGGGAGGGGGGAGAGGGGCGGGCAGGCGGGGGCCGGGGCCACGAGCUGACCGGGGACCGCGCCUCCUUCACCUGGGCGGAGCUGAGAUCCGGCCGGGUCCAGUUCGGGCAUCAGAAGGACAAAGCGAGGACGGGAGAGUUCACCCUGCGAGUCGCUGACCCUCAGAUGUUCUCUCCACCGGAGACGGUCCACGUUCAAGCCGUGUCAAUGCAGCCCCCGCGGGUCCUAACUCUGGCUCCGUUGGCCGUGAAGGGCCGCGGCGCCGCGGCCACCGUCACCAAGUCGGUGCUGCAGCUGGACGACCCGGACAACGCGGCCGACGUGCUGAUCAUGGUGCUGGAGCCGCCCCGCCACGGCCUGCUGUCCCGUCUCCACGGCGACCGGGCGCUCGGCCGCUUCAAGCUGGAGGAGCUGUCGCGGGAGCAGAUCCAGUACGUCCACGACGGCUCCGAGGGGACGGAGGAGGACCGGGCGGUGCUGCAGGUCAACGACGGCCACAGCUACAGGAACGUGCUCCUGCGGGUCCACGUCGACCAGAAGGCUGCUGACUCACCUCGUGUGCUGACUGUGCCGACGACCUGGGUGAAAGAAGGAGGGAUGGUGCGACUGGAUAGAAAAUACCUGCAGGCCGACCUCAAGGGAGUCGGCCCCGACGACAUCGUCUACAGCAUCCUCUCCUCCGACGGGAGACCUCAACACGGCGAGGUGGUGCUGGUGUCCAUGCCGGCCGACGGCCCGCCGGAGGGCUGGCGCCCGUCGCCGGGCGACGACCGAGGCGUCACCGCCACCACCUCCUUCACGCAGCAGGACGUCGACGACGGCGCCGUCUGGUACCGGCACUUUGGCGGCGGCGCCGACAGCGACUCCUUCCAGUUCCAGGUUUCCACGGAGACGGCCGCAGCCCUGCGGGGCGACGUCCAGACCUUCACCAUCGGCGUCCUGCCUCAGAUCCCUGGGUUCCCGCAGCUGGCCCCCGACUGUGACCUGCAGAUCACGGCUCUGGAGGAUCGGGUGACAGAGUUAACUCCCUCGGCUUUGUCCUUCACCGACUCCGAGACGCCCAGCGACAAGCUCGUCUACAACGUCACCAAACCCCUUCCACACGGACAAGGGGCGAUCGAGCACCGGGACCGUCCGUACACGCCGGCCGUCCACUUCACUCAGGCCGACGUCAACAACGGCAAGAUCGUCUACCGGCCGCCGCCGGCGCCGUCGCACCUCCAGGAGCUGUACCAGUACUCCUUCAUCGGUCUGCCGGAGUCGCUGAGCGUCUACUUCACAGUGUCGGACGGUGAACACACCACUCCGGAGCUGGACUUCGCCGUCCUGCUGCUGUCCAACCACCAGCAGCCGCCGGUGUUCCAGGUUCUGGACCCGCUGCUGGAGGUCGGCCUGGGAGGGCAGGCCCCCAUAGGUGGUCAGCAGCUGGCGGUCAGUGACGCUGACACGGCUCCAGACGAGCUGGAGUUUGAGCUGGUGGAAGCUCCCGUCCACGGAGAACUGAUCAAGACCGACGGCAACACACACACCAGCAUGAGCAACGGGGACAUCUUCACGUUCAGCGACGUCACGCGCAACGUGCUGCUGUACCGACACGCCGGCCUCUCCGCCCAGGGCGACGCCCUCACCUUCUCGGUGAGCGACGGCAUCUCCAUGGCGACCACGGUGGUGCAGGUGGAGGUGCUGGGCGGCGGCGCCGGGGGCGACGGGCCGCAGCGCGACCCCGCGGCCUCGCUGUCGCUGGAGGUGGGCGAGAAGAGCAGCACCGUGAUCCGACGCUCGCACGUGGCCUACAGCGACAACGCGUCCCCGGACGGACAGAUCCGCCUGCAGCUGGUGUCGGUGCCGAUGUACGGCAUCCUGACCCGGAGCGAGUCCCCGCAGCAGCACCAGGAGCUGAGGGAGUACUCGUCCUUCACCAUGGACGACGUCAACGAGCACCGCAUCAGGUACAUCACCUCCUUGGAGACGGGCAGUCAGCCGGUGACCGACAUCUUCCACUUUGUCGUCUACGACGGCGACAACAAUCGCCUCGACAACCAGAUGUGCACCAUCACCAUCACCUCCACGCCCAGACGGCCGCCGGCGGUCACCGUCCGCAGCGGCAUCAAGGUCCAGGAGGGCGGCCGCGUGCAGCUGUCGACCAAUCACAUCACAGUCGUGUCGGACCUGGACACGCCCAGGAAGGACCUGCUGGUGUGGCUUGUCACGCCUCCUAAGUAUGGCUUCAUUGAAAACACCAAGAGAGGAGGCUCCAUCGGCGGCUCGCAGGUCGUCACGCCCGACGCCCCCUUCCCCGUGGACGACCUGACGUCCGACCACAUCUUCUACGUGCAGGACGGCGGGCGCGAAGACGCUCGGCCGGCGCAGGACGUCUUCAGCUUCUACAUCAGCGACGGACAGAGCCAGACGGAAGCGUUCAACGUGGAGAUCGACAUCCAGCAGAGCAAAGAGGACCUGGAGCCCGUGGUGUCGGUCAGCAGCAUCCACGUGGAGGAGAACUCCGGCGUCGUCAUCACCAACUCGUCGAUCAGCGUCCGCGACCAGGACACGCCGGAGAACGAGAUCCUCUUCACCAUCAUCAGGAUUCCUUCGUACGGGAAACUCCGCAGGCGUCAGUUCUACUCGCAGCCGCUGGAGAACGGCCGGGUGUUGGCGCAGGGCUCCACCUUCACCUACCAGGACGUCCUGGACCGGCUGCUGGUCUACACGCCGGAGACCGUGAGCGGCGGCGCCGACGAGAUGGGCUUCACGCUCACGGACGGCGUCCACACGCACGCCGGCCGCCUGGAGUUCACCAUGGACGUCCGGAGGAGCGAGGGCCCCCGGAUGACGGUCAACCGAGGCCUGCAGCUCCCGGCCGGAUCUUCGUCCAAGAUCACGGAGCAGAACCUGAAGGGCACGGACAUGGACUCGGACAGCCUGCGGCUCCGCUACGUCCUCACCAAGGACCCGCCGUCCGGCAAGCUGCAGCUCAGCCGGAGCGGGCGGCUCGAGAAGGUUUCCCUCAAAGGUCCCGUCCAGAGCUUCACGCAGGACGACGUCAACAAAGGCCUGCUGCGGUACCGCCACGAGAAGGGCGAGAGGGGCGGCAGCCUGCUGUUCAAGUUCAACCUGGUGGAUCCGGAGGGCAACAACCUGAUCGACCAGUCCUUCUUCAUCAGCGUGCUCGAGGACCGCCUCCCUCCGUCCGUGGCGGUGAACAAGGGCCUGGUGCUGGACGAGAACUCCAUGAAGAAGCUGACCACCAUGCAGCUGUCGGCCAGCGACCAGGACAGCGAGCCGGGCGAGCUCGUCUACCGCAUCACCAAGCAGACGGGCCUGGGCCACCUGGAGCACGUCAGCAACCCAGGCACCAGGAUCAUCACGUUCACGCAGGCCGACUUGGCCUCUCGCAGCGUCCAGUACGUCCACACCAGCGAGGAGGAGAAACACGCCGACCAGUUCUCCUUCACCGUGUCCGACGGAACCAAUGAGGUUGCUCAGACCUUCUACAUAACCGUCAAGCCGGUGGACGACUCGCUGCCGCUGCUGCAGGUCCCCGGCAUGAGGGUCCAGGAGGGCGUGAGGAAGACCAUCACCGAGUUCGAGCUGAAGGCCACGGACGCCGACACUGAGGCGGAGUCCGUGGUCUUCGCCGUGGUGCAGGCUCCUCGCCACGGCACCAUCGAGCGCACCAACAACGGGCAGCACUACCGCCAGACGAGCAGCUUCACCAUGGACGACGUCUACCAGAACCGCGUCAGCUACAACCACGACGGCUCCAACUCGCUCAAGGACCGAUUCACCUUCACCGUGGCCGACGGCACCAACCUGCUCUUCAUGGUGGAGGAGGACGGCAAGGAGAUAGUGACGGCUGCGCCGCAGAAGUUCAAGAUCGACAUCCUGCCGGUGGACGACGGGACGCCGCGCAUCGUCACCAACCUGGGUUUACAGUGGCUGGAGUACAUGGACAACAAGGCCACCAACCUCAUCACCAAGAAGGAGCUGCUGACCACGGACCCGGACACGGACGACGGGCAGCUCGUCUACGAGGUCACCACCGAGCCCCGCCACGGCUUCCUGGAGAGCAAGAUGACGCCCGGCAACGCCGUCGCCACGUUCACGCAAGCCGACAUCAACCUGGGCCUGAUCCGCUACGUGCUGCAUCAGGAGAACGUCCAGGAAACCACGGACCACUUCCGGUUCCUGGUCAGGGACAGUAAACCCAACGUGGUCAGCGACAACGUCUUCCACAUCCAGUGGUCCCUCAUCAGCUUCGAGCACAAGAGCUACAACGUGAGCGAGAAAGCCGGCACGGUGGCGGUGACGGUGAAACGCACGGGGAACCUCAACCAGUACGCCAUCGUGCUCUGCCGCACCGAGCAGGGCAGCGCCACGUCCAGCGGCGGCGCGGGCUCGCGGCCGGGCCAGCAGGACUACGUGGAGUACGCCGGACAGGUGCAGUUCGACGAGCGCGAGGACACCAAGGUGUGCACCGUGGUCGUCAACGACGACCAGGUGUUCGAGGGCACCGAGAGCUUCCACGUGGAGCUCAGCAUGCCGGCGUACGCGCUGCUCGGCGGCAACACGCGCGCCGCCGUCAACGUCAACGACACCGAGGACGAGCCCACGCUGCAGUUCGACAGGAAGGUGUACCACGUGAACGAGAGCGCGGGGUCGGUCCACGCCCCCGUCGAGAGGAAAGGUGACACCUCCAGCACCGUGUCCGCCCUCUGCCACACCGUGGCCAAGUCGGCGCAGGGCAGCAGCCUCCACGCGCUGGAGUCCGGCUCCGACUACAAGAGCCGCGGCGCGGGCGGCGACAGCCGCGUGGUGUUCGGCCCCGGCGUCAGCAUGACCACGUGCGACGUGAAGCUCAUCGACGACAGCGAGUACGAGCUGUCGGAGGAGUUCGAGCUGGUGCUGUCGGACGCGUCGGACAACGCCCGCGUCGGCGGCGUGGCGGUGGCCAAGGUCGUCAUCGACGGGCCCAACGACGCGUCCACCGUGUCCCUCGGGAACGCCACGUUCACGUUCAGCGAGGACGCAGGCACCAUCGAGAUCCCGGUGCUGCGCCACGGCAGCGAUCUGUCCUCGCUGACGUCGGUGUGGUGCGCCACGCGACCCUCGGACCCCCCGGCCGCCGCCCCCGGCGUGGACUACAUCCCCAGCUCCAAGAAGGUGGAGUUCAAACCGGGGAAGACCGAGGAGACCUGCAGUCUGACCAUCGUGGACGACGUUCAGAACCCGUCCAUCGAAGGCUCCGAGUCCUUCGUGGUCUUCCUCAGUUCGCCGCAGGGCGCCGUCCUCCAGGAGCCGUACGAGGCCAACGUGGUCAUCACCGACACCUUCCAGGACAUUCCCAGCAUGCAGUUCGAGAAGAGCGCCUACACCGUGAAGGAGAAGGACGGCGUCCUCCACAUCCCCGUCGUCCGCUCCGGCGACCUGUCCUUCAAGUCGUCGGUGUGCUGCUUCACCCGGACCAUGUCGGCCAUGGUGAUGGACGACUUCGAGGAGCGGCGGAACGCCGACGAGUCGCGGAUCACCUUCCUCCAAGGAGAGAAGGUGAAGAACUGCACCGUCCACGUCAACGACGACUCGGUGUUCGAGCCCGAGGAGGAGUUCCAGGUGCACCUCGGCACGCCGCUGGGCGACCACUGGAGCGGCGCCAUGGUGGGCGCCAGCGACAUCGUGACCAUCACCAUCACCAACGACGAAGACGCUCCCACCAUCGAGUUCGAGCAGGCGUCCUAUCAGGUCCGAGAGCCUCCGGGUCCGGACGGCGUGGAGGUGCUGGACAUCAAGGUGAUCCGCCGGGGGGAUCUGGACCGGACCUCCAAGAUCCGCUGCAGCACCCGCGACGGGUCGGCCCAGUCCGGCGUCGACUACAACCCCAAGAGCCGCGUUCUUAAAUUCACCCCUGGAAUGGACCACAUCCUGUUCAAGGUGGAGAUUCUGUCCAACGAGGACCGGGAGUGGCACGAGUCCUUCUCGCUGGUCCUCGGCCCCGACGACCCCGUGGAGGCGGUGCUGGGCGACAUCACCACGGCGACGGUGACCAUCCUGGACCAGGAGGCCGCCGGCAGCCUCAUCCUCCCCGCACCACCUAUCGUGGUCUCGCUCGCCGACUACGACCACGUGCAGGACGUGACCAAGGAGGGCAGCAAGAAGACGCCGUCCCCGGGCUACCCGCUGGUCUGCGUCACCCCCUGCGACCCCCACUACCCCAAGUACCCCGUGAUGAAGGAGCGCUGCGACGAGGCGGGCAUCAACCAGACGCAGGUCCACUUCUCGUGGGAGGUGGCGGCGCCCACCGACACCAACGGCGCCCGGUCGCCCUUCGAGACGGUCACGGACACCACGCCCUACACCGGCGUCAACCACAUGGUGCUGGACAGUAUCUACUUCAGCCGUCGCUUCCACGUGCGCUGCGCGGCCCAGGCCCGCGACAAGGCCGGUCACCUCGGCACGCCGCUGCGGAGCAACAUCGCCACCAUCGGCACCGACGGCUCCAUCUGCCACACGCCCGUCACCACGGGAACCGCCCGGGGCUUCCAGGCCCAGUCGUUCAUCGCCACGCUCAAGUACCUGGACGUCAAGCACAAGGAGCAUCCCAACCGAAUCCACAUCUCGGUGCAGAUCCCCCACCAGGACGGGAUGCUCCCCCUGGUGUCCACCAUGCCGCUGCACAACCUGCACUUCCUGCUGUCGGAGUCCAUCUACAGGCAGCAGCACGUCUGCUCCAACCUGGUCACCCUCAAAGACCUGCAGGGUCUCUCCGAGACGGGCUUCCUGGACGACGUGUCGUACGACAGCAUCUCGCUGGGGCCGGGCUACGACCGGCCGUACCAGUUCAACCCCGGCGUGCGCCAGGCCAAGAGCAUCCAGCUCUACAAGCACCUCAACCUCAAGAGCUGCAUCUGGACCUUCGACGCCUACUACGACAUGACGGAGCUCAUCGACGUGUGCGGCGGCUCCGUCACCGCCGACUUCCAGGUGCGGGAUUCGGCGCAGUCCUUCCUGACGGUGCAGGUUCCUCUCUACGUGUCCUACAUCUACGUGACGGCGCCGAGGGGCUGGGCGUCUCUGGAGCAUCACACCGAGAUGGAGUUCUCCUUCUUCUACGACACCGUCCUCUGGAGGACAGGAAUCCAGACGGACAGCGUCCUCUCGGCACGACUGCAGAUCAUCAGGAUCUACAUCAGAGAAGAUGGACGCCUGGUGAUCGAGUUCAAGACGCACGCCAAGUUCAGAGGUCAGUUCGUCCCUGAACACCACACUCUGCCCGGUCACAAGUCGCACCUGAUGGCGCCCGACCACCUCGGAGGCAUCGAGUUCGACAUGCAGCUGCUGUGGAGCGCGCAGACCUUCGACUCGCCGUACCAGCUGUGGAGGGCGACCAGCUCCUACAGCAGGAAGGACUAUUCCGGAGAGUACACCGUGUUCCUGAUCCCCUGCACCGUCCAGCCCACUCAGCCGUGGAUCGACCCCGGGGACAAAGCUCUGUCCUGCACGGCCCACGCUCCCGAGAAGUUCCUGGUGCCGAUCGCCUUCCAGCAGACCAACCGGCCCGUUCCCGUGGUCUACUCGCUCAACACGGAGUUCCAGCUGUGCAACAACGAGAAGGUGUUCAUGCUGGACCCGGCCGCCGCCGACGUGUCCAUGGCCGAGAUGGACUACAAGGGAGCGUUCUCCAUGGGUCAGACUCUGUACGGCAGGGUGCUGUGGAACCCCGAGCAGAACCUGAACGCGGCCUACAAGCUGCAGCUGGAGAAGGUUUACCUCUGCACCGGCAGGGACGGGUACGUCCCGUUCUUCGACCCCACGGGGACGCUGUACAACGAGGGGCCGCAGUACGGCUGCAUCCAGCCCAACAAGCACCUCAAGCAUCGCUUCCUGCUGCUGGAUCGUAAACAGCCGGACGUGUGCCACCAGUUCUUCCACGACGUUCCCUUCGAGGCGAACUUCGCCUCCGACGUCCCGGAGCUGCAGCCCGUGGCGGCCAUGCCGGGCGUCGACGGCUUCACCAUGAAGGUGGACGCGCUCUACAAGGUGGAGGCGGGGCACCAGUGGUACCUGCAGGUGAUCUACGUGAUCAGCCCGGAGUCGCGCUCCAGCCCCAGGAUCCAGCGCUCGGCGACCUAUCAGCUGAGCCGCCCCAGGCGCGACCUGGUGGACCGCAGCGGCCGGCUGACGCUCGACGAGUCGCUGAUCUACGACAACGAGGGCGACCAGGUGAAGAACGGCACCAACAUGAAGUCGCUGCGCCUGGAGGCCGGGCCCGCCGCCACCUUCAACGCGCACGUGGGCAGCUCGGUGGGCGGCGGCGUGGCCGCCGUCACCAUGCUGGUGCUGGUCCUGCUGGCGUCCUGCUUCCUGUUCCGCCGCUGCCGCCGCCGCUCGGCGGUGGCGAGGAAGAAGAAGAAGAAGAAUAGCGACAAGGCCCCCAAGGCGUACGAGGAGUAUCCGCUCAACACCAAGGUGGAGGUGUGCAUGGACAAGUGUGUGGAGAAGAACUUCAGCAGCAAACACUGCACGGUGAGGAACGUCAACGUGCUCAACCGCAACCAGGAGGCCAACGGCAAGGCCAAGGUCAAACAGGUCAACCUGGAGGUCAAAAUCCACAACAACCUCAACGACGGCACUGAGGUGUGAGAGACUGACGGGGAGGAGGAGGGAGGAAGAAAUGUUCAAGGUAUUUUCUAUAAGAAGGUUUGUACUUAAGGAACGAGAUGUUUGUUACUGUAUUUUUAUACCACUUUGAAAAAGGGAAGAGUGCGAAAGCGCAAGACAAGCGACGCGGCGUUUGAAUCAUUUUCACAACUGGGCUACCUCAGGAAUCCACCAACCACUCUGCUGCACGAGAACCGCCAAAAAACAACAACAACAACAACAACAACAACAACAACAACAACGACACCUUCAUCCGCUCGUCCAGAACCUGACACUGUCUCCGCUCGUAUCACCGACCGCUCGACUGCACAUCUACGUCCCUUCUUUGGUUUUUCUCAGCACCAGGAUGUCGACUGGUCGCUCUCGACACUGGCGAUCGCGUCUUCUUCUCCUUCUUCUUCUUCUUCUUCUUCUUCUUCAUCUUCUUCUUCUUUUUCUUCUUCUUCUUCUUUUUCAUCUCCUUCUUCUUCUUCUUCUUCUGCAUCGAGUCUCGUCGACGCGACCGCAAUGUCACGACUGUGCGACGGAGGUUCCUCUUUUUCUCUCCAUCCCCUCGGCUGCCGCGCUCGUGUUUCUGCACACGGAUGAACCUCGCGAGUCCAAACGGAACCGUUUUCAUCUUCGACUUCCUACGUCGGCUCCGCCGCUGCUUCUUCUGGAUCCCGUGGAGGUGUCGAGCGCAGCCGCUGUGCUCCUGUCGCCGGAGGCCCCAGCGAGCGCGGGGCGUCGGGUGAUGGGGCGUCUCACGCCGGACGCCGCGCAAAAUUCCGCGCGAACAAAAAUUCGCGCGAGUGUAAAAAAGUUUGGUCGCGAAUAUUUGCCCCGUUCUUCCGUUGACUUUCUCCGACAACGCUCCUCUGGACAAACGCACGACAGUCGCGUCUUUGCGUUGACUUUGUACGUAAUCUACUCGCGCCGACGAUCCACGUCCGGUGUGAACGCACCAGUAGAAUUAUUAAAAAAGAUGAAUGAUAACUUUUCAAGUGCAAUUAAUACCAUAAUACAUAUUUCUUUGCGAAUCCUUCGCUCAUGAGCAGGAACUGUGUUCGCGUUCAAAAAAGAAGAGAAGAUGUAUUUCGCCCCUUACUUAGAGACGUUUGCACCGUAGUCACUCACGGAUAAUUCUGUUUCCUUUGUUUUUGUUCGUACUGUACUACUGACAGCUGCCAACAUUAAGUGCCACGCAGUAUUUUUCUUCACGAAUUUCAGAAACGACUCAUCCAAAGUGUGACACGGAGACGAGCGAUGGUUUGGACGAUGAAGAGCAUUUUUUUAGCCUUUCUACUGUGCCGAUGAAAGAAAAAAAAAAAGAUGUAUUUUGUAUGAGACGUGUGUCUGUUUGCCUUUGUUCCGCCCAAAGACACAGAAUCCCUCACUUAUCUUUUAUUUACACCCACUGUGUAUGAUUAUCUUACCCUGUCUUGUAAUUGUAUUGUGUUACGCUCAGCUACUGAUGUUACCCACGAUGCUACGACUACUGUAAUAUCUGUUUUUGACACUGGCUGGAGAGAAACAGUGUCGACAAUGUGCUCGUUCUCUCCAUUCGUCCCUUUUGACCCCUCGUCUCCUCUCAACCGCGUGCCUAUCAGACGACAUCGGGACGGGGAAUUCUGGGAAAUAACAUUAUAUUUUUGGUGCUAUCACUUUGUGGAAAAUUACUAUGAUGCUAUCGAUGGGAUGCCUGUAUUUGGUGCCUUUUUUUUUAAGUAAUAAAGAAAAAUUUUAAACCCA